GCAGCCGCUAAUGAGCACGACAAGGUCGUUUCAGUGUUAUUGGAGAAAGGAGCGAACGUGAACAAACAGCGUUUUAACGGAGACACUGCACUUAAGAUCGCGUGUGCGUUGGGCUGCUAUAACACCGUUCAAUUACUUCUUCAACACGGUGCUUCAAUCGAUUUAGCAGGAGAUUAUGGCGACACCCCGCUGAUCAGCGCAGCAGAAACGGACCAUGCAGCUGUGGUAAAGUUACUACUGGAGAACGGCGCAUCGAUUAAUUCAGCGAAUGACGAGGGUUGGACGGCGUUGAUGAGUGCAGCAAUGGAAGGCUAUGCAGAU